AAACCCUCUCUUAUCUUCUCGAACUCCAUUUCUCCACCUUAGACUUGCGAGUGUCAGUGAACGAGCAAGCGUGGGAGAGAGAGGUAGAAAUGGCGUGCACCGCAGCCUCAACCAGUCUCGUAUCCUCAAGCCCUAGGGCUUUCUCCAUCAAAUCAUCUCUCUCUUCCAAAAUUUCCUCCCAAACUGUGUCAAUUCCCAAUUCAUUCUCGGGUCUCCGCGCUCCCAACCACGCCCGAUCCGUUUCCUUUACCUCCCCCGGCUCCAAUCCUCGCAGGAACUUCGUCGUGAAGGCUCAAACCAGUGAACUUCCACUGGUUGGAAAUCUCGCCCCAGAUUUUGAAGCAGAGGCAGUUUUCGAUCAGGAGUUCAUCAAGGUCAAGCUCUCUGAAUAUAUAGGGAAGAAAUAUGUGAUUCUCUUCUUCUAUCCUUUGGACUUUACAUUUGUUUGUCCCACAGAGAUUACUGCAUUCAGUGACCGUUACGCAGAGUUUGAAAAGCUAAACACAGAAGUAUUGGGUGUUUCAAUUGACAGUGUGUUUUCACACCUUGCUUGGGUCCAAACAGACAGAAAGUCAGGAGGACUUGGUGAUUUGAAUUAUCCACUGAUUUCAGAUGUUACCAAAUCAAUCGCAAAAUCUUAUGGAGUUUUGAUCCCUGAUCAGGGAAUCGCAUUGAGAGGAUUGUUCAUUAUUGACAAGGAGGGAAUCAUCCAGCACUCCACCAUUAACAAUCUCGCCAUUGGCCGAAGUGUUGAUGAAACCUUGAGAACACUUCAGGCCUUGCAGUAUGUGCAAGAAAAUCCAGACGAAGUUUGCCCAGCUGGGUGGAAACCUGGAGAGAAGUCCAUGAAACCGGACCCAAAACUCAGCAAGGAGUACUUUGCAGCAAUAUAGAGGACAAUAGCCUAUAAGGGGUUGUAAACGAGUUUUGUUUUAUUGUAAGAUGCUUCUCAUUUGAAUUGCAGUCAUAGACGAAUAAGUGCUUUCAGAUGUUUUCCGUCCUAUUUUCACUGGAUUUCAUUUAAUGUAGUGAAUUGUUCUUUUUCUCUA